UAAGUGAUAAUCAUGUCUGGAAGAGGCAAAGGCGGUAAAGGACUGGGUAAAGGAGGCGCCAAGCGUCACCGUAAAGUGUUGCGUGAUAACAUCCAGGGAAUUACAAAGCCUGCCAUCCGUCGUCUCGCUCGCCGUGGUGGAGUCAAGCGUAUCUCUGGUCUGAUCUACGAGGAGACUCGCGGUGUACUCAAGGUGUUCCUUGAGAAUGUAAUUCGUGACGCCGUUACAUACACCGAACACGCCAAGAGAAAGACCGUGACCGCCAUGGAUGUUGUGUACGCGCUGAAGAGACAGGGACGUACACUGUACGGCUUCGGAGGUUAAACUUGGACCUAAAAGGAAAAAUUAAACCAACGGCUCUUUUAAGAGCCACCCACAUUUUCGCAAGAGUGCACUUCAAGUGUUGAAAACUCUUUGUUUUUCUGCUGCACUGUAGUUUUAAAUUAUUGGCAUUAAUAAAACGUCUCUUUUAAAGCAAGUCAUUUCACUCAGUGGCCAUAUUUGAAAUCCUUGUGUAGUAAGCUCGGGCAUUCUGUCUUAAUGAGACAAUCUUCAAAUCUGCUUGCCAAGCUUAUGAUUGAAUUUCUUAUACGCAAUCCCCAAUAAUACUAAACAUCUGUGUCUUUAGUUUAACCAAAUACUGCAUGAACUCAAGCCUGGUCCGAGCCUCUCCCCCGAGCGACAUGUCUUGUGUUUUCCUUUAUCUUUGGUAAAAACUGCCCUUUUGUUUGAAACAAAACAUUUUAAAAAUUGUUUAGAAGGUGCGCCUGUUGAGAGUGUAUAGUUUAUACACUUUU